UUCCUCCUUAAAAACCACUCCAGCAACCGAAACAAGCAGAUUUUCAUUGAUUGUGAGAAGAGAUCUCUUCUUCCUGAUAAAUGGCAGGAAAUCUGAGCAAAGUAGCAUCGAGGAUAAUGGGAGGAAACGGAGUUGUCAGUCGAUCCGUCUCUUCCUCCCUUCGCCUUCGAGCUGGCAUGGGUCUCCCUGUCGGCAAACACAUCGUCCUUGACAAACCACUUCCCGCAAACAACGAGCUGAUUUGGGACAACGGCACCCCUUUUCCCGAACCCUGCAUCGAUCAGCUCGCCCCCACCAUCGGAAAGUAUGAAGCAUUAGGAUGGCUUUGCGGAGGCUUGAGUUUCUUUGCUGUUGUCUGGAACGACAAAGCAUCUAAGAUUCCCUUUGUAAGUUCCGCUGUUCGUUCUUGAUACUUCCAUUCUAUUAACAUGUGAUAACACUAGAAGCCAUGGGCAGAUUUUGUAUUGCAUUUUGAUAUGAAAAUGAUAUGUUCCUCCUCUUUGAGCUGUUAGUUUAGAUGUAUAGUGUAAUGUAGAACAUCAAAAAAUGAUAAUUUGAAAUUACAUUGCCGCAAAUAAUGUAUAGUGCAAUGUAGUACAUCAAAAAAUGUUCCUCCUCUACUUUUGGAUGCACUAAUUAUUUAAAACCAUUUUGCCUCGCGCAUUUGGAU